CGAUUAUCUAUAAUAUAGCUUAUAAGCUAUCACAAAUUUUAGGAAUAAUGUGUAAAUGGCGUGGAAAAAGAUCUAAAAUAAAUAAAGUUCUGUUGUUCUCAAUGUUAAUAACUUUUCUGACGAUUGUAUAAUAAUUAAGUGUUCAUGUGUAGUUAGUUGGAUUAAAUUGCGAGGAAAUUAUCAAUCUUUUUAUAACAAUUGAACCGAACCUAACUUUAUUGUGGGCUUCAUUCCAGUGACUAAAAUAAUUGAAUGACGUCACUGAUCAUGAUCACCGAUAAGCACAUGCUACAUGCUUUACUUACUCAAUAAUGACUUUGUACUGUCGACCUAAAAAAUCAGUCAUAUAGUUAUCUUGCUUCAUUCAUACAAGUAUUGUACUCUCCGGGAGAGAUUUGGACUUGGGCGUUUAAAUAUUUCCAAUUCCAAAAAAAUGGAGAUUAAUAAAUUUUACAUAUUUUUCUUCACAUCUGUUUUCCUAAUAAAUUCUUACCAUGCUCAGGAAGUUAUCGAAAUUCCCACAGCCACUGACGCAUAUUUACUUUCGUACACUUUAGAUGAAGAAAACUCAAUUGUGACCUUUGAAGUAACGGCAGAAACUAAAGGGUUUAUCGGUUUCGGAUUUUCAAACAUUUCGGGAAUGGUUCAAGCUGACAUUUUCAUUGGUGGCGUGAACGAAGAUGGAACUUCAUAUUUCGGGGAUUACAGCUCCGUCACCACUGGGACUCCACGAUUGGACGCUGAACAGGACUGGGAACUGUUGGAAGCGGCUGAAACAGAAUUUACGACUUAUUUGAAAUUUAGUAGACCACUCACAACUUUUGAUGCGAAUGAUGUCAAUAUUACAAAUAGUUUGAUGAAUAUCAUUUGGGCGCUGGGAGAAAGAGAUACUUUAGGAUAUCACGGUUUUUCUCGGUCAAAUAUAAAAUUUAAUUUAAUCGAGGGCACGAAUGAGGGAGUGACACCGGAACCACCUCCGACACCUCCGACCACCACGACGCGUCCGACAACGACGGCCCAACCAACGACCACGGAAGCUCCAAACUUCAUCGAAAUUCCUCUCGGAUCUGACCUUUUGACCGCAACGUAUAUAAUUUCCGAAAAUAGAAUUACAUUCGUCGUUACUGCAAAUACACCGGGAUUUAUCGGUUUUGGGUUUUCAAAUCAGACCGGAAUGACAGAUGCGGAUAUGUUCAUCGGUGGCGUGAACGAUACCAAUCAAGAAAUCUAUUUUGGGGAUUAUAUUUCGCGUUCUAAAACUAUGCCAAACCGUGAUGAGGAAGAAGACUGGACAAUCAUUUCUGGUAAUCAAGUCGAUGACGUAACAACGCUGUCGUUUUCUCGACUUUUAGUCACACCCGAUUUCAUGAACGACGUCCCUAUCGAGGAGGACAAAGACAUGAACAUAAUAUGGGCGUUGGGUCGUGCAGAUAACCUGGCUUAUCAUCGAGACAGAGGACAAGCUGUUUUUAAUUUUAUUCCGGUAGAGGAAACGACGCAACCAUCUGAUGCAAGUUCAUCUGCAACCAGCGAACCACCCACGACGCCAGAAACGUCACCAACCCCUCCACCCACGACACCACCAUCCACCGCCACCGUCACCACCACUCAGCAACCCACCACGACUACGGAACCUCCCCCUGGCAAUGGAGAAAUCCCGUUGGGAACAGAUCUCCUAAAAGUCACGUACAUCAUCCUUGGCGACACCGUCAUGUUCACAGCAACUGCAAAAAGGACGGGGUACAUUGGGUUCGGUUUCUCCAAUACGACCGGAAUGGUUCAAGGGGACAUUUUUAUUGGGGGUGUAACCGAAACUGGGGAAGUCUAUUAUGGGGACUACAACUCUCUUUCACACGUCACUCCAGCCCGUGACGCGCAACAAGAUUGGGUUCUCAUGUAUGGAAGCGAAGUCGGCGAUGUGACGACACUUGUAUUUUCAAGGUUGUUGAACACUGGGGAUUUCAAUGACGAUAUUGUUAUCGAAGACAAAACUAUGAACCUGAUUUGGGCCCUCGGAGCCACAGAUGAUCUCGUUCACCACGCAAAUCGUGGCCCUGCGAGUUACAAUUUAAUCUCGGGUCAACCCCCACCCACCACGACGACCACGACACCCACGACGACAACUCUCCCACCCAGCUCCACUGGGACGCCACCCACCUCACCCACGACGGAGAGUCCUCCGGGGAAUGGGGAAAUUCCCCUGGGGAGUGACCUCCUCAAAGUCACUUACGCCAUACUCGAGCAAACCGUCAUGUUUACGGCAGUGUCUCAAACUAAGGGCUACAUUGGGUUCGGAUUUACAAAUGCGACCGGUAUGAUUCAAGGGGAUAUUUUCGUCGGAGGUGUGCUAGACACGGGCGACGUUUACUUCGGGGACUACAAAUCUCUGGAAUACGUUAUCCCCUCCCAAGACCAGCAACAAGAUUGGGUACUUUUGCAUGGACAUGAAACUGAGAAUGCUACGACGUUAGUCUUCUCGAGGCUUUUGGACACUGGAGAUCGUAGCGGGGACGACAUUGUCAUCGAGGAUAAAAAUAUGGGAAUAAUCUGGGCCCUCGGCUCCACAGAUGAACUCUUGUACCACACUAGUAAUCCUACUCGUCGAGGUCAGGCGAGUUACAACCUCAUCGCAGGUCAAGGUCCACCACUCACGCCACCACCAACAACGCUACUCACCACCGGAGACCCUGGUACGACGCAGGCUCCCACGCCGGGGGAAAUUCCGAUGGGGACGAACCUCAUUCGGGUGACAUUUUCCCUCGUCGAGUCCACCAUCACGUUCACCGCGGUCGCAAGGACGACCGGUUAUGUGGCCUUUGGCUUCAGUAACGCCAACGGAAUGGCAGACGCUGACAUUUUUAUUGCUGGAGUGGGCCCUAAUAACGCGUACUAUCUGGAUUGCAAGUCGAGCGGAUAUGCCGUACCAGAAUUGGACACUGAACAAAACUGGGAUCUCAUUUCCGCUACGGAAUCCGGAGGUGAAACAACCAUCGUGUUUUCACGCUUAUUAGACACGGGCGACGCUGAGCAAGACAUUAAAAUUGAGGAUAAAGACAUGACCAUCAUGUGGGCCAUUGGAACGACUGACACUAUCGAGCAACACGAGCCCACCAAUAAAGGGCUCACUUCAUAUAAUUUGAUUCAAGCCCCACCCACCCUGCCGCCGAUGGACCCGCUUCCUAAAACACUGCCCUUUGGGUCGGACUUAAUCAAAGCAACGUACUCCAUUUCCGGAGAAAACAUCACUUUUCAAGUAAUCGGACAGACUCAGGGUUUCAUCGGAUUUGGUUUCAGCAACGGAACUGGAGGAAUGAACUCGACCGACAUUUUUAUCGCGUGGGUCUUCGACGACGGAAGCGUUGGGUUUGUGGACACUUUUACCAAAACUACUGAGACCCCAGUAAAUGACACACAGCAGGAUUGGGUCCUCCUUUCCGGCGAGCAGGCCGGGGGGCAGACAAGGAUCGUCUUCUCGAGACCAUUAGUCACGUCCGACGUGGAAAGUGAUGUCCCGAUUGAGGACAAAUAUAUGCGAAUCGUGUGGGCGAUGGGGUUCGAGGACUUUGUGACCUAUCACGGCGAGUCGAACAGGGGUCAGGUCAGCUUCAACUUGAUCACAGGGAGUGAGGAGGGAAACGGCAGAUCGGGAAGGAGUGUAACGUCCUGGGCACUAGUCAGCUUGGGGGUGGCUUUAAUUCUGAUUUUAGGGGAUUUUUGAUAAUUACAUAAUAGUAAUUUUAAGAUUUGAUUGGAGACAUGAUAUGGUUUUUGGUGUGGAUUGUGUGUUAUCUCAUUUGUUACUUAUUAUAUUUUUAUAUCUCUAAAUGAAUGGCUUAUGUAUGCCACCUCAGGGGUUAAAACAUGAGACAGCAUAUAAUAUGCCUUCCAAAAACCAUUUGCACAGUCCAGAAACGCUCUAUUUUGUGUUACACUACGAUAUUGUGAACUUCAAUUGUUACUAAUGGGAUUUUAAAUAAAUAAGAUAAAAAAUAUAAAUCACGCCAUUUUA